CGUUUAAAUACCCCUUGGUUCUAAUCCAAUUCCCAAAAUACCAAAGCUUGUAUUUCAACCCGUUUGACCCCUCAGCUGAUGAGUGAUCGAUUAGACCGGUGAUGGAGUCAUCCCAUGAUCAUUCACUCAACCUCUGAAAAAUUCAGAACUUUUUUAUGACAUCUUCACAUGUUCAUUAUGGCACAAUCUUUUAAAAACAGAACCAUAACGCCUCGAAUGCAACACAACAUACAGUCAUAAACCUUCUUCUUAUCCAUUCCCAAACAAGAAACGCAACCCAGCCUUAAAUCCAUUCCCUAACAAACCACCUUACUCAACGUGGCUGACCCCUCUCUAGCCCACGGCCCACGGCCCACGAAACAAGCUAUUCUAGUUGAAAUGGCGUUGAUGUAUUAUUGUGAUUUACGGUUUUAGCCCUCAGUGCGCUACUCCCAGUCCCAAGUGGGGAAGUAGCUGAUUUUUGAGCAAAUGAACAUGGAUGGGCUUGAAUUUAGCCAACCAAACAAACGGGAAGCAGGCUCAAAAUCAAAGAUGAGAGCUCCGCCACUUCUGUGUUUCUUGAAUCUUCUCCUUCUUAUCGUCUGCGUCGUAAGUGUAUCGGAGACAGGUCUGGAUGCACGGCCGGAAACCGUCCGGUUCGAUACCGGAGGGCUGAGCAGAGAGAGCUUUCCGAAGGGAUUCGUCUUCGGAGCCGCCACGUCUGCGUACCAAGUGGAGGGAAUGGCCAGCAAGGAUGGUAGAGGACCUAGCAUUUGGGACGCCUUCCUCAGGAUUCCCGGAAUUGUUGCAAGCAAUGCUACAGCGGAGGUGGCAGCGGAUCAAUAUCACCGCUACAAAGAGGACGUGGAUAUCAUGGCAAACUUGAACUUUGAUGCAUAUCGCUUCUCCAUUUCAUGGUCCAGGAUUUUUCCAGAUGGAGCGGGGAAGGUAAAUUGGAAGGGAGUUGCUUAUUACAACAGGUUGAUUGAUUAUAUGCUCGCCAAAGGUAUCACCCCAUUUGCAACUAUAUAUCACUAUGAUCUUCCCUUAGCUCUUGAGCAGAAGUACAAAGGAUUAUUAAGCCGAAAAGUUGUGAAGGACUACACCAAUUUCGCGGAAUUUUGUUUUAAGACAUUUGGUGACAGGGUGAAGAAUUGGAUGACACUGAAUGAACCAGCAGUGGUCUCCACUUCUGGUUAUGGUAAUGGGGGUAGUGCUCCCGGAAGGUGUUCCAAAGCAUAUGGAAACUGUACAGCUGGUAAUUCUGCAACAGAACCUUACAUUGCGGCCCAUAAUAUGAUUUUGUGCCAUGCAGUUGCAGUUCAGAUAUACCGUGAAAAGUAUCAGGCACACCAAAAAGGAAGGAUUGGUAUUGUCUUGGAUUUUAUUUGGUAUGAACCACUUACUAGAAGAAAAGCUGACCAAUAUGCAGCCCAAAGAGCAAUAGACUUCUAUCUUGGAUGGUUUCUCCAUCCCAUAGUAUAUGGUGAGUAUCCAAAGACAAUGCAGAACACUGUUGGAAAGAGGCUUCCCAAAUUCACAAAAGAAAAUAUUAAAAUGGUGAAGGGUUCAAUAGAUUUUUUGGGUAUCAACCAAUACACUGCACACUAUGCAUAUGCUCUACAUCAAACUAAGAAACAUGCCCCAGGCUAUGAGAAGGACUUGAAUGUUGGCUUUGCUUUUGCCAAAAGUGGGGUGCCAAUUGGACCAAGAGUAAUUAAAAUAACUGCAAAUUCUGCUUGGCUUUAUGAUGUUCCAUGGAGUUUAUACAAGGUUUUGACCUACAUUAAGGAGUAUUAUGGGAAUCCAACUGUGAUAAUAACAGAAAACGGCAUGGAUGAACCUGGUAAUGUGACACUACCCAAGGGUUUGCAUGACACUAGGAGAAUCAAUUUCUAUAGAGGCUAUUUGACUCAACUCAAGAAGGCAAUAGAUGAUGGGGUCAAUGUGGUUGGCUACUUUGCAUGGUCACUCAUAGACACUUUUGAAUGGAGAUUAGGGUACACAACAAGGUUUGGCAUAGUCUAUAUCGACUUCAAAACUCUUAAGAGAUACCCAAAGAUGUCUGCCUACUGGUUCAGAGAACUACUUCACAGAAAGAAGCACUAAAGCAUGCAGUACUGACCAACCUCUCCCUCUUUAUCCUUCUCUCACCUAUCUUGCUGUAUAAUAAUGCUUUUGGGGUAUGAUGGUCCAUAUUAUAGAAUUAGUACAUGUAUUUGUUCUUUAUUUUUCUUUUUUAUGGUUUAAUUUUAUUUAUCAACUAUUAGUCCUCCUGUCAAGAUUUUUGUUGAUUUUUAACAAAAGAACUAAAUCUUGUUCUCUUCCUGUUA